GAAACCAUAAACUAGUCUACUUGAACAUCUGCAUCGUCUAGGUGCUCUAGAAAUUUUAUGUAUUUACUUACCAAAAUCAAGCGUUUGAUCAUUGUAUUAAAACGAAAGUAGGCACAUUAUUUUUUAUCAUGGCUUCGUUCUGCCGUUUUUAAAAAUAAAAAGUCGCAUGUGGCUGUCACAGAAUCUACCAUUGCAAGUUGGAAAAAAUCGUAUCCUUGGAUAAAACUCACUGAAAAGGACAGUUUAUGGUGUUGUUAUAAUGUCUGUCUUUGUCUCUAUAGUAACGAUGGCUGAAUGCAGUCCAGCUUCCGACUGGCAGAACGACAAGACUCUAGCGGAGGCAUGCCGACACAUGCUGACCAGUCGCUUAGCAACCGAUGUUGAGUUUAGCGUUGGAAAUGAAAAAGGGAUUGUUAAGGCUCACAAGUUUAUACUUACAUGCCGGAGCUCAGUUUUCCAGGCAAUGUUUACAAAUGAUUUUGCAGACAGCAGAGAAACAAUUCAUGUACCUGAUAUAGAACUGGAUAUAUUUGAAAAAAUGCUCUCAUUCAUGUAUACUGAUGAAACAGAAAUAACUGGUGAAAAUGUCCUACCAUUGCUGUACACUGCCAAAAAAUAUAGUGUUCACAAACUCGUACAUGAAUGCCUCAGAUUUCUGGACAAGGGUAGCUCGCCGGAGAACAUAUGUGAUAUUCUGGAACAAGCUCACAUCUACGACGAGGAGGAAUUCCAAGAAAAGUCAGUCAGAUAUAUCUUAGAGAAUGCCGGGUAUGUUCUUAAAUCUUCUUCGUUUCUAGAACUGUGCCAUACCUGCGUUAAAAAGGUCGUCACAUGCGAUGAAUUACAAGCAGACGAAAGAACAGUUCUGGAGGCUGUUACAAGGUGGGGAGAGCAUAGGUGUAAGAAACAAAAUUUAGAAAAUAGUAAUGAAAAUCUAAGGACUGUUCUGGGAGAUAUAUUAUAUCUCGUACGAUUUCCACUGUUAGGGGAGACUUAUUUUACUAAUGUUGUAUCCGACACAGGACUGCUUACCGACGCUGAAAAAGUUGAACUGUUCAAAUUUUUCUACAAAUCAGGUUUCAAAACGGAUACGUUUAUUAACAAAAAUAGAUAUGCACAAAGAGAGAUGUCACAACAUUCCAUUGCGCCAGUGAAGAAGUCGGACGAUAGUUCUAUCCAAACUUGUAUGCGGUUUAACCGCGUGUCUGAUGACGGUUCCUGGUGCUGCAGCGGGGAACCAGAUGCAAUAGCAUUUUCGACCAAUCAAAAUCUCUGGAUUCACGGAACUUUAGUUUACGGCGCGUACAUUGGUGAAGGUACUUAUGACGUCACAUGCUCCAUAUAUAAUUCUUUAGAUUCCGAAAUGGUUCAGAUAAGAAAGCAAAUCAAGACGAGCGAACAUCAGUUAACAUACGUAGUUUUAUUUGAAGAGGCUGUGCAGGUUUAUAAAGAUAAGAGGUAUUCCGUGCUGGCGAAAUUAACAAAUCCCGAUGGGAUUGACACAUAUCAAGGAACAGAAGGUAACUCAUCUGUCAAAGUCGGUAGUGUUAAAUUUACGUUCUCAAAAUCUAAGCACAGCCGCAAUGGUACAGAUGUUAAAAUGGGCCAAAUAGCAGGUCUUUUAUUUUCAUCUGUAGAUUGAUUUUGAAACGUCAUGUGCACAGCUUAUGAUAAAGGCUUUCUUAAAUUUUACAAAUUGCAACUGAAAAUUAUUAUUUUUUACACAGAAUAUCAGACUACCAAUAUUAAAUUUUAUGCCAACGUUUGACACAUAAUGCAAGAAGAAUCCUGAUUUAUAGAAAGGAGAGAAUAAACUUGUUUGUUUUGUAUUUGGAUUUCAUAUAGAACCAAAUGCCAAGAGUACAUACUGCCUGUACAGUAUAACAGUAGGCCUACGCAUCACUUUAUACGCUGAGAUUAUACAACAUAAAGAAUUUGUCUGCGUAGGAACAUAGCAAAUUUAGUAGAUCAGGAUCGGUUAGACAUCACAAAAUAUUAACAGCAAAGAAAGUGGAAGUGUAAGACAGAAAAACAGGAGCGACUGUAGAAGUUCUCCGAAGUCGGUGCAGUUACUUGACUGAUUUCCAUCAACCUUGGUCAGAAAUGUGAUUUGGUUUACACAGGGAUCAUCAGAGCUAUAACAGGAAAAAAAGCUUUAAAUGAUUUCAUCUCAUAAAGCGUUUGAUGUAUUUUCACAAAAUUUUCUCAUGCUUGUUUACACAUCUCAGAUAUAUUCCACUUCACUCAAAAUUCGAAGGGAAUCUUAAUACAAUUGUACAAUUUCAAAUAGUAACUUCAUGAGCGAUACAAGUUGUCUGGACCUCUUGUAUGCACGACACUUUUAGUCGGGUAGUUAGCAUUUUGCAAAUCGUUUUGACGCUACUGGUCAUUCAGUAUUGGGAUAAAGAAAAUGGGUUUUUUUUUUUACAUUGAUCCGUUUUUUCAACCUCGAUUUUGAAACUAACAUUUCUUUUAUUAUUCUCGAUAAUAGAAACCAAGACCGGCACAAAUUCGAGAGUAACAAAACUUAAGACAACGAGCCCUUUUAUUCCGACUUUAGCUGAUGAACAAAGCUACAAUAAAAGAUCAGGAUUAUUAACGGGAACAACAAAGUUGAAACAUGUUUUCCUCCUCUUGUAUUAAUACAUAUAAUAAAACUGCAACACAAUUGGGUUUAAUCAUUUUGUAUGUAUACUUGCAUAUAAACAGUCUUUGCCAGUUUCCGGUGUGGCUAGUAACGAAAACAUACCGAUAUUGUUAAACAUACGGUUGAACACGAUGAGCUAGGGUUUAUCAAAACAGAAUUAUUCAAUCUACAAAUAUUUUUUAUCUAGUAUGAUAUUCUAAUGAGAUCAUUUCUACCGACUAUGGUAUAAUCUAUGGAAGAAAUAGGUAUGCGGCACCGAAUUUCAUACAACCUGGACGAAUUUCUCUUUGCAAAGCUUAUAUUUCUGAUUACAUUGCAUUUCACAGAAGACGAGAAUAAAAUUAUGCACCCAUGACCAGUUAAUUUCCAUGCUGAAAUGUAAAGUCAUUACUGUAACAUACUAUGCAUGCAUCGUUCUGUAUUUUCUAAAAUAGACCAAUAAUUGAAGUUAUUUAAGCGUUAAA